AGGACGAUCGACAAGACGCAAAGAUGGCGACUGUGGCAGACUUACAGAGAGAAGUCGAAAUAGCACGUGAAGGGCUCAAAAAUGUCGACGAAAAUAUCAAGAAACUUACUGGAAGGGAUCCUUCGGAGUUUAGACCAGCGCCUGGUGGCAGGCGAGUGAGCUUGAAGAGGGACUUCGCGGAGAGAAGUGCAUUGGCCCGUGGGUAUGGAGCUGGAARCAAGAGGCAGGAUACACAAGGACGGCUGUGGAGCAGAGUGGUUGUCACCAGGACUUCGCAAGAUGGAGAUCGCCCUUCUCGACGACUGGAUAGUGAUGGCGAAGAUGAAGAUGAAGAUACCCCCAAGCCCACUAUCCAGUCUUCUGUAGUAGCCACGACAAAAACCUCUUUGAGUUUAAAGCGUGAAGAUAUUGUACAGUCAGACGAGAAAACUAAAUUAAGGAAUCGUAGAAUGUUUGGAAUGCUUUUAGGAACACUCCAAAAAUUUAAACAAGACAGUGCCUGUAAAACAGAAAAGGAUGUCAGAAGAGAAGAGAUAGUAAAAAAACUUGAAGUAGCAGAAACGAAAGAAAAGGAAGAAGUCUUGUCCCAGAAGAAAGAACUUUUCUCUUCUAGAAGAGCAAAACAGGCAGAACUUAGAAAACUUGAAUGGAAAAUGGAACUAACAGCACUGCAAGAGGAAUGGGAUGAACAUGGAAAAAAGCUAUGUAAAUUCAUAAAGACUAAAGCAAAGCCUCACAUUCAUUAUGUUCCCGCUAAACACACUGAUAAAACUUCAAAACUGCUUGAGGAAUCAUCCAGAUCAGCUAAACGGGCUAUGGCAGAACGUAGAGCAGUUAUAGAGGAAGAAUUUGAAACCCAAGUGGAAAUAGAAAAAACAAAAGAGGAGAGUAAUGGUGAGAGUAAGGGUAAGGAAGAUGUAAAGGAAGAACAAGAAUCUCCUGUGCGAGAAUUAGGUGAGGAGGUAGAGAUGGAGAACUUUGAGGGAGAGAGUAGGAGUGAGGGUGCCGUCAGAGAAACCGAUGGAGAUACUAGACAGGUGAUUAUGAAAGACGAGAAUGAGGAGAGUAUGGAUACAGGGGAGGUCAACUGAUAGGGGGGAUUUUAUUUAUAGCCGAUGAACUUUUAGUCGGAUCUUUUAUGGACUGUUGUGUUUAUUUCUCUCUACUUGUUGAUUGUUGUCUUUGUAGUUUGAAACAUUCACAGAGAAUUUCAUCAUGAUUGUCAUCUUCAUCAUCAAAUUAAUAUUACUGUUCAUGCAUGAUCUCAUUGUCAUCUUCAGUCAUCAUUAUUAUUAUUAGUAUCAUCUAUCAUAAUCGUUGCUUCUAAACACUGUCUUCAUCUUACCAUUGUCUUCCCCAUUACACCAUUUUUGAUUUCUCAUUUUUGAGCUUAUUACUGUGAUUCUCAAUGUUCUUCAAACUCGGACAUUUAAACAGCUUGUUGUGAAAUUGGUUUUUUGCCGCUGCCAAUCAAAACUCAACAGUAUGUAUGUUUCAUGUCUUUGACUGGCAGCAGUGAAAAUGAAAUUUAAAUGGGAAACUUGGAACUACCGAGUUUGCAGAGUAUUAAGAAUUGCAGUAAACCAUUCCAACCACUGUUUCAAGUGUUUUAAUUUAAUGUACUAAUUCUGUGGAUGACACAUUUUCCUUUGCCACAAACUCCCUGUUUCAUCUUUUCAUGUCCACAUCGAAUGUCAACAAAACUUUUAUCUUUCCACAAACAAAACUACUGUGCUCAUUGUUGUUCGAUGCUACUGCUAAUGAAUAUUACAUAUUAUAUUUUCGUUGCUACAGGAUGUUCUCAUUUAUUCUCUAUUAUUUUUAGAUGUAUUAUUAUUUUAGAAUUCUCUCUYGGAAAUAAAAGUAUGCAAAUAUG